UUUCUACGUAUUCGGACUUCUCUGCCACUUUUAUUAUCUGUCGCCUGGAUCCGGCUUGGUCGUGGAGGCGAUCUACGAGAAGUCGAGUCGUCAGCUUACUCCAUACUCUCUCCAGCAAUCACUCCACGUAUAUUAUAAAGUCGAGAGGGUGUCAUCCACUCCAGGAGGAAUCGCCAAUAUGGUAGCUCAGGACGACUCGUCCUUCAACACCGGUAUCCAUACUUUUCCAGCCUUUCCCCCUGUGUGUGUUUUCUCCGGGCCAGACGUUGGCUGACUACCUUAUGGCUUGUCAACUAGUUCGCAUACAUCUGUCCUUUCAGUUCCCGCAGUCCGAUGAUCCCUUCCCCGAGCGCCGUAUUGUUCUCACCCGAAACAAUCCCUGCGCGAAGGUAGGGAGGACGAGCAAGAGCAAACCGAACCUGUCCGCUGCUAUGGACAACUGCCUCCUGGAUAAUCCGGUUAUUAGCCGUGACCAUGCUGAGAUAUUCGCAGAGUUCGAUAGUGAGGCCGUAUAUGUGCGGGACCAGGGGUCUCGCCAUGGUACAUUCCUGAAUCGCGAGCGUGUUCAGCCCAAUCAACCCCAACUUCUCGCAUCGGGGAACACCCUUCGCUUCGGCACAGAUAUUCAACGUGACUCGGAUCUCUACCCCCCACCCGCAGCCGUGGUUAACAUCGAGUUUGAUGGUGAAGUCGACGAGACCCAACCUACCAGUUGGCCGUCGCAGCCCUCCGUCGGCUAUAGAGCUCCUGAUCCUUUGGGGGACAGUGACGGCGACUCAAGCGACGAAGAAGAUAUUGCGGCCGUGCGUCACGCUGUGAGGACGCUGCGUGAGGCGGGCUUUCAUCGAACCGCUGAGAUUCCGACCCAGCGGCCCAAUGCCGAAGUUGAUGUUGAGCAUUCCACCAACUUCAGUAAACCCAUCAUCAUUGACCUCGAGGGUGACACAAGCAAGACUGGUCGCAGCGAAGUCAUCGACCUCACCGGCACUGGUGAGUCCCAGAACAAUACGCACACCUUGGCCCAGCCCGAGAACACCCCUGGGUCUCCCGUGGUCAGUAGCUCGAGAGAAAGGGACGAAGACGAGUAUAUCGGCGCUUCGGAGGGCCGUGUUAACGGCCAGAGAUACACUCCAAUCCAGGCUAACAUUGACCAAUCUGCGGAUAUCUCAAUCGAUGAGUCUGGCGAGGAGGACAAUUCGGUGUUUCGGCUUGAUGAAAUUACCGGUAACUGGCCUGAGACCGAGGACUCGGACCAGGAGGUCGCAGACAUGAACGAGGGCUCAGAGUACGACCUCGAACCCACUGAUUUUAGGGAGGAUUGGGAGAGCGGCUGUUCCUCUGUCAUGCGGCAACUACAUCGGAGCUUUGAACAGAGUCGACAUGGACCCGAUGGCGCCCUUCCCGACCUAAGACUAGGUCGUACUCCAGAACAUCGUACACCGGAUUUUCCCAGACUGGGUGUUAUGUCCAGUCAAGGCCUCUUACAGGAGCCACGUCCAACCCCGCUUCCAAUCCUCCCUUCUCUGACCCAGGUGACGUCGGAAUUGCCGCCGGGCCUUGAUAAAUAUGUCGAGCUUCCGCCCAUCCUGAGAUUGAAAAGCCGUUCGGAUUCCUCUUUCUUCCCUGCUUCUGAGUCAAGAUGGUCUUCCGAGCCCGGCGGCGCCGUUGAUUCGGUGAGUGAAGCGUUGAAUCAAGCCAAGAUACCACCUUGGCGAGACCCCAAUCACGAGUCUAGGAAGAUGCUGGGUGUGCACCAGGAUUCUACAGAGGUGCCAGAUUCGACGGCAACUUGGCCGGCCUCUGCCAUUGAGACAGUCCCGUCGACGCAACACGAAGAUACAAUGGAAAGCAUUCUACCCUCGCAUCAGGUCCCUUCAGCUAUGCCCGACGCACAGCGUUCGACCGAUGGUAUGUCGCUUGUGUCGGACACUCGGUUUAUUUCACCCCGACCCGCUGAGACUGCUGAGCCGGUUGACACUGCUGUCGCAGAAGCUGAGGCUUCGGACGAACCGCGCGAGGAUAGUUUUGAAACCGGGUCAAUGAAGCGGAAAGCCGACCACAUCUCCGACCUCACCACGGCUGAAGUCAUGGCUGAAGUCAUCACUGAAGUCCCAGCGGCUGAAGACACCCAGGAACCUAUGGAAAGCCUAGCAAUGGCAUCAGAAGUUCCUCGGCACAGGCCCUAUAAACGGCUUCGGUCUGUUGCUCAGGCAGCUGGGUAUGUUGCUCUUGGUGGUGCAGCGGCUAGCGUUGCCUUUGUUACCACAUUGAUUGCCACUGCCCCGAGUCUGACAUAGGCAGGGUGCGGUUGGGCACAUCCCAGUGCCUACAUCGCACUGCCUGUAUGGUCCUCGUCUUGUCUAUUUUCUAGAGGCAGUGAAGGGUCAAGACAAAGGUUUUGGGAGGCUCUGGCAAUGACAAUUGCAUUGGCGUCUACAUCGGUUGGACAAAUGAUUGCUUAAAGGGAGUUUCGGGUUUAGUAGGUGAUGUUAGGCUGGUUGAUAUUAUUCCAGGACAUCCAUUUCUCUGUGCAGCCGUGCAGCGGCGAACGAAAGGAAGGUUAGGUCACGG